AUGUCGGAUGAGUCAAGGUCAAAUGCAGACAGAGACCUACUGGCGCGGCUUAAUGCGCUGAAAACGUCGGCCGUGUCCUUUGAACAGACAAACUUUCAGACACCUCUGGGGAAGGGAACUCCUAUUUCACUUGACCCUAGCCCUGAUCGCGCCCUCCAUUCCGACCUUCUCACGAGAUGGAAAUCGCUCGGGGGUAGUCCUUCCUCGUCUCAACCCAAGGACCCCGCUAUUCCAGCCGAAAAAUCUGAAGAUGAGAAAACAGUGGAAGAACUUCUGGCAGACUUAGGGCCUUCAGAUGCGUGGGAAGUCACACAGAGUGAAGAACAACAGGUUGCAGAUCUGCUGCGGACUGCAAAUUCAGCGCUGGCAGAUGCCUCACACACAGAAAGUGAACGAUCACGAGAAGAUCAGGCUCAAGAUACAGGAGAGGAUCAUACUUCUGCAAAACUCCCGCCAAUUGAUGUCUCAGUGUUUCAACCGGGACCAGAAACAGAAGAGAGUCCAGUCACCGCGGUAGGCAACAAGUCGAAAUAUACCUUGGACCAGGAGGCGGAUGAACUGUUGGCAAGGUUUCUAGACGAGGCCAAACUUGAAACUGCAGAAACAGAGGAAGAAAGCGAGAGUUUGCCAAAGGAUGAAGACGGUAUCGCACCAAGCAAGUCGGGGCAAGCAAGCCCCAGUUCUGGACGGGAUGUUUCUACUCUCGACCUGCCUACUACUCCUUCAAAACUGCCAGAUCCAGAGAUCUCCACAGGACAGUCAAAUGAAGAUGACGACCUAGCCUCUCGCUUUGCAGGCUUGUCACUGCCGUCAGUCCCCACUGGCAUGAAAUCUACCAAGUCAUCGUCUGCUGCAUCGAAACCCAAGAUCGGUUUUACCGACGAGGAAAUUGACACUUGGUGUAUUAUAUGCAGCGAUGACGCUACGCUCCAGUGCAUUGGCUGUGACGGAGAUCUCUACUGUACCAACUGUUGGAUAGAAGGUCACAGAGGCGAGGACGCUGGGUUAGAGGAACGCAGUCACAAGGCUGUCCAAUAUGUCAAAGGGGGUGGGAAGAAAAAGGCACCCAAGAGAAGAGUCAUGAUGGGUGCUUGA